CGUGUGUGUGCGUGUGUGUGCGUGUGUGCGUGUGUAGGCUCGCCGCUUCACAAUGCGUACUGACACCUCUUCAUUCCCGCUGCUGCAGAGACUCAGUGCGUCUACAGACAAACAGCUUCCUCCGAUUAAACAGUAGCGCGCGUUAUUUUCUAUGUUUCUUUCCGCUUAACGCGUUUUAUUUGACUUUCCUUGUGGCCAGAGAGUUUCUUGGAUGCAGUUGUGGGAUUUAAUCAUGUCCAUUGCCUGAAGAACCUGCCCAAUAGGGUUUCGCUGCUAUCAUGGAUACUAUUGGAGUUUCAUUUCUAGACCCGUUGGAGGACUAUGAGAUCCUUCAGAGGAUCGGAAGUGGCACGUACGGUGAUGUGUUUAAGGCAAGGAACAUCAAGACCUCAAAAAUGGCUGCUAUUAAAAUUGUUAAGCUGGAUCCGGGAGAUGACAUCACAUCUAUUCAGCAGGAGAUCACCACAAUGAAGGAGUGCAAGCAUAAGAAUAUUGUAGCCUAUUAUGGCAGCUACCACAGAAACACAAAGCUGUGGAUCUGUAUGGAGUACUGUGGAGGAGGGUCAUUGCAAGACAUCUACCAUGUAACUGGACCCCUAAAGGAGAAGCAGAUUGCAUAUAUCUGUAGAGAAACUUUGCAGGGUUUAAAUCAUCUCCAUGAAACUGGCAAAAUUCAUCGUGAUAUUAAGGGCGCCAACAUACUUCUUACUUUACGAGGAGAUGUCAAACUGGCUGAUUUUGGGGUUGCUGCAGAGAUCAGUGCCACUGCUGCCAAGAGGAAAUCUUUUAUUGGAACUCCCUACUGGAUGGCCCCUGAGGUUGCAGCUGUGGAGAAGAAAGGUGGCUAUAACCACUUGUGUGACAUUUGGGCGGUAGGCAUCACUUCCAUUGAGCUGGCAGAGCUGCAGCCACCCAUGUUUGAUCUUCAUCCCAUGAAAGCACUGAUGUUGAUGUCGAAGAGCAGCUUUCAGCCCCCUAAACUGAAAGAUAAGGCAAAAUGGUCUGCAGGGUUUCAUAGCUUUGUGAAGAUGUGUUUGACGAAGAAUCCUCGUAAGAGGCCCACAGCAGAAACUCUUUUACAGCAUUCCUUUGUUACACAGCUACUGACCAGAAACCUAGUCAUUGAGCUGCUGGACAUGGCCAACAACCCAGAUCUCCACCAUGCACCCAGCAUUGAGGACAAUGAUCAUGACGCUAAUGAUGAUACCCCAGAUAAGAUCCAGUCAAAGGGAAAGUGUUUACCAGUAGAGAGAAGUCUUUCUGAGGAACAGUUUGAUCAGGUCAAAUUUGCACCUCUGAGGAGGAAAGAGACAGAUCCAUAUCCAGAUCUGGAUUCUUGUGAUGACUGGAGCAUUUCUGGUGAUGAAACCGAGUCUCCGAGUCUCUUGGAAUGUGUGGAAGAGGAACUGCAGCAGAGGAGCCUGACAAUAAAAGAACAGCCGUCCUUUGGGUGGGGGAAGAGGAAAAGUGGAUUAUUCAGUCCUCCACCAGUAUCAGCCACUGCAUCACUUCCUCCUAUGAGCAAUUUCAGUACAGCUCAUCAGGGCACAGAUCUAACCCUGAGGCCCAGUGCUUCCCUAAAGUCUGAUACAACUCUUCGGCCCAAAUCAGCUCUGAUAAGAUGCUCAGCCAGUCAUGAUGUGCGGCAGUGGUGCAGUGACCCUUGUGUUCCUGAGGAGGAUGAUAAUCAAGAUGAGCAGCAAAGCCUUUCUGCCAGCAAGGACACAGCUCUCUCUCCUGAGUGGAGUACAAUGAGAAAGAAAGCGGAAGAUUCGAGAGCUGAUUCUCAUGGACUCCCUCCUACCCCCCAAGUCCAUAUGGGGGCCUGUUUCUCGAAAGUGUUCAAUGGCUGCCCAUUAAGAAUCCACUGUGCUGUGACAUGGGUUUUUCCAAAAACUAGAGAUCAGUACCUUAUACUGGGGGCAGAGGAGGGGGUCUACACACUCAACUUAAAUGAGCUUCAUGAGGACACUUUGGAAAAGUUACUGCCACAGAGAUGUACAUGGCUGUAUGUCAUGAACAAUGUCCUCAUGUCUGUCUGUGGAAAGUCAUGUCAGCUUUACUCUCAUAGUCUGACUGCUCUGUUUGAGCAACGUGGACAUGUCCAGAGGAAACCGAGUCACUUAUCCCUCAGCACCAACCGCUUUACUGAUAGAAUCAUCCACAGGAAGUUUGCAGUGUCACUGAAAAUCCCAGACACUAAAGGCUGUCGAAAGUGUAGUGUUGCUCGUAACCCGUAUACUGACAGCACGUUUCUUUGUGCGGCUGUGCCCUCUGGACUUGUUCUGCUCCUGUGGUAUGAGCCCCUGCAGAAGUUCAUGCAUCUAAAGCACAUAGCUGUAAGUCUGCCUGACCCUCUGGUCAUUUUUGAGCUACUUGUUUUGGUCACGGAUGAGCUUCCUCAGCUCUGUGUAGGUGUGAGGGAAUGCCAGCCAAGAAGUGAUGACCCUCAGACAAAGCAGCAACUAAAGUUUGACAUAAUUGAACUGAAUGGCACACCAAAUUCUAAUACAGAUAGUGAAUGUGUAAGAGCAGGGCAGGUAACACAGCUGGACAGAGAUACAGUCCUGAUUGCAUUAGAAAAAACAGUGAAGAUUGUCAAUCUGCAGGGUGUCCCAAGCAUGGACUUAGCCUCAGAAAUGGAGUUUGGUUUCCCCAUUGAGACUUUAGUUUGUCUACAAGAUAGUGUUUUAGCCUUCUGGAAACAUGGACUUAAAGGACGCAGCCUGUACAACUGUGAGAUAACACAAGAAAUCACAGAUGAAACUCGAGUAUUUCGGGUUUUAGGCACAAACAGAGACAUUGUUUUACAAAGCACCCCAACUGACAACCCUUCAUCACCCAGCAAUUUAUAUAUUUUAACUGGUCACGAAAACAGCUACUGAAAGGAGACAAACAACGGGGAGAGACCAAGGAAACUGGAGAUGAUAGAGAGACAUACCAAAAUGAUUCUGGAGUAAUAACAAGUCCAUCAAGUAAAGCCUUAUUGUCACCUGUCUGAAGUGUAAACCUUCAUGCUCUGUAACAGAUGGACACUACACAUGAACUCAGCACUCAGAAAACAUCUCAGCACUGACAAAUGCUCAUUUUAUGAAUGCACUGAAAUCCCCAAAUAGAGCUAUGGAGGACUUCUUUAUAACCA